AAUGUAUCACAUAAGAUGUUCACUUUAUUUACCUAUUCAGUCAACGUGUAUAGGAACAAAAAUGGUCGACGGUACAAAAUUUGUGUUCUUACUGACUCCAUCUCACGGUGCUUCGUUCAUACUCGAUCGGUUCAUCAGCUUAUAUUGGAAGAAUAAUGGCUGCAGUACAUAGAGAAGCCAUUCAAAAACAAAUUCAACAGGACUGGGCUAAUCGGGAAUAUAUUGAGGUUAUAACUGGCAGCAUAAAGAAGAUUACGGAUUUUUUAAAUUCCUUCGAUAUGUCCUGCAGAUCGCGCUUAGCUGUUCUCAAUGAGAAACUAACCACUUUGGAACGUAGAAUUGAGUAUCUUGAAGCCUGUGUUACCAAAGGAGAGACCUUAACGUAAUUUAUUAACUGAUCGUUUUGUCAUAACUUUUUUAUUUAAGUAAAAUUUUCAUUUUAUACAUGUCAUGUACGAGCAUAUAUAUAUUCCUUGCCCACAAAUAAAGAUACAAUGUUAAAUGA